AUGGCCCAGUUUUUGAAAGAGGGACCUGCUGGUUUUCCUGCACAGGUUAUUCCGAUGCUGCAGGAAUUCAUAAUCAAGAAGUUGGGGCGCNCUUUCAUUGAGCCACCCCCCUUUGACUUGGCCAAGGCAUUUGGGGACAGUAACUGUUGUGCACCAUUGAUCUUUGUGCUCUCCCCUGGAGCAGAUCCCAUGAAUGCUCUUCUGAAAUUCGCUGAUGACCAGGGAUAUGGGGGCUCCAAACUUAGCUCUCUAUCUCUGGGCCAAGGCCAAGGGCCCAUCGCUAUGAAGAUGUUAGAGAAAGCUGUCAAGGAUGGGACCUGGGUUGUUCUUCAAAACUGUCACCUUGCCACCUCUUGGAUGCCAACUCUUGAGAAAGUUUGUGAGGAGUUAAGUGCAGAAUCAACACACCCUGAUUUCCGAAUCUGGCUGACAAGUUACCCAUCUCCAAAUUUCCCUGUGUCGGUCCUGCAGAAUGGAGUAAAAAUGACCAAUGAAGCACCGAAAGGAUUGCGGGCUAAUAUCAUCCGAUCAUACCUCAUGGACCCGAUCUCUGACCCUGAAUUCUUUGGCAGCUGCAAAAAGCCUGAGGAAUUCAAGAAAUUGCUUUAUGGCCUCUGUUUCUUUCACGCUUUGGUACAAGAGAGACGAAAAUUUGGACCCCUGGGGUGGAAUAUUCCUUACGAAUUCAAUGAGACAGAUCUAAGAAUCAGUGUGCAGCAACUCCGCAUGUUCCUGGACCAGUAUGAGGAACUUCCUUACGAUGCUCUCCGCUACAUGACUGGGGAAUGUAAUUAUGGAGGCCGGGUGACCGACGACUGGGACCGGCGCACAUUGCGCAGCAUUCUCAACAAAUUCUUCUGCACAGAAUUGGUUGAAAAUUCACAAUACAAAUUUGACUCUAGUGGCAUCUAUUUCGUUCCUCCCUCUGGUGAUGUAAGUAAAGUCCCCUUUAAGAGCAGAAAAACAUGA